AUGGCGACGGAUAUGAACAUCGAGGACGAUUUGUUCUUCGUCCAUGAUGAUGAGUUAGAGGAGGACACUAAGAAAGAAGAAGAGGAAACCUCCCAGAGACCUCCUCCUGCCAACGACACUCUUGUCGAUAAUAUCGGAAAAACAACUGAAGAACAUGAAGACAUCCUCCGAAUUCUUGUAGCCAGCGAUAUCCAUGUGGGCUACGGGGAGAACAAACCGAAUCUGUAUCUCGACUCGGUCAACACAUUCGAAGAAGUAUUGAAAAUUGCAACAGAAAAGAAGGUGGAUAUGGUCCUCUUAGGUGGUGAUUUGUUCCAUGAAAAUAACCCCUCGCGUGAUAUGCAGCAUCGUGUUAUUCAACUGCUACGUCAGUGGCACUGGAAGUUCGUUUCUGAUGCUUCAGUGAACUUCGAGCAUAGCCGCUUCGAUCGAGUGAAUUACGAGGAUGCCAACAUAAAUGUGGGCCUGCCGAUUUUCACUAUUCAUGGAAAUCAUGACGACACAGCUGGGAAGGGUCUGACGAUUCUGGACGUAUUGCAUGAAGCUGGCUUAGUCAACCUAUUCGGAAAAUUUUCAGAUAUUGAUCAAUUUGAUGACAUACCAUACGGUUUCUUCGACCUCGAUGCUGGAUACGACGAUUGGUUCAACAUCUUGGUCCUGCACCAAAAUCGCCCAAAAAGGUCGACGCUUCGCUCUACUGGCGCUUACCUUCCUGAGCAGUAUAUCCCAACGUUCUUCGACCUUGUUCUUUGGGGACACGAGCACGAGUGCAAGCCACAUUGUCAAAUACUGGCGUCUUCCGAUGCAGCCGGUGAUCUGGUUUUACAUUUUAUUACGAACCAGGUCAAAGGAAGGAAAUUUCAAUGCAAACCUAUUCCACUGCAAACAGUUCGCCCUAUGGUAGUUGAUGAGAUCAUACUUGACAGUUUACCAGAAGGAGUACGACUUCCAGCAAAUGGUGUGCGACCGUCUGGAGGCGGAUUUGUAUUGGAUGAAAUGAUAAUAGAUGACAAGAUUAGUGAAAUGAUACGGUGGGCCGAAAGUAACCGUGGACCACAGCAACCAAAACUUCCGUUAAUCAGAUUGAAAGUUACCUAUGCUGGACCUUGGGCAAUUAUGCAGCCUAUUCAUGGCCGUCAAAUUGGAGCCAAGUUUGAGGAUCGGGCAGCAAAUGCUGCGGAGAUGGUGGUAACAAGGAGGGUGAUCGAGAAAAAGAAGAAGAAAGGAGGUGUAAGUAUGGAAGAGGACCAGGGCGAUAUUAUUGAUGCCGCAUGCCUUGAUCAAGUGAUAUCUGAACAUUUCAAUAAACAACCGUGGGAGGAACGUCUGACCGUAUUCACCCAUCCCAUAAUUGGAAAAGCAUUGGCAGCAUUUGAUGACGAAGAAAAAACCAACACAGCGAAAGCGAACCAAGAGUUCCGAACUGCUUUGGAGGCAGCACGUGAUUUCAUGAUGUCCAAGCUGAAAGCAGAUGCCGGCUCCGGAAAUAGAAAGUUCGGCAAUCUGAAAUCCGACAAUUUUGAAAUGAUGGUUCGAAAUGAUCUCAAUGUUCUCAAGCGUCAAACCUAUGGUAUCCAAGGAGGAACUGUGACACGUAGUGAUGAGUUUGAUGAUGAAAUGGAAGAUGGCGAUUGA